ACGUCAAUUAGUACGAGCAGCUCUGUAGAUACUAAACACGUCACUCGUGCAAUCUGUCGUGUUUUAGACCAGUCACGAGUAGGUAGUGAAGAAUCUCUCUCUUUGAAGUUCAAACGUACCGCUACGUACCGUGCGGUAGUUAUAUUAUUUGGCACCGAAGAGGAGUGCGCAUGAAGAAGGUAAAAAAAUUGGAAGGUUUUUCAUAAAGUUUUGCAUUCUUCUUUUCGCGGUUCUACAAAAAUCUCGCAUUCGAUAGCAAUUGAUAGGCGAGUACUAGAAUGAAAAAGAUUGAAUAGAAAGGUAUCGUAAGGAGCAAGGAAACAAACGAUAAUAGAAACCAGCAUAUAAUGCCCCAGCAACACUACAUCUUUGGAUAUGGUUCGCUGAUUUGCGCCAAAUCUAGGGCAGCGACAGCUUCCGCACUCGGCGUUGUCGGCGAAGCCGGAGAUCGCAACAAACACAAUACGGGCGGAAUUCCCGUUCGGCUGAACAACUGGAUGCGCUUAUGGAACCUACAGGGUCCGAACACCUACCUCGGGGUGCAGAAGAGCAACACCAAUACCAAUUCUUCUUCUCCGAGAGUUUCCUGCGUCGGCGUUUUAGUCCCCCUGCCGUCUUCCAAACAGAACGAGACCGGCGGCAGCAAAAACGAUGAGGAUGAAGUCCUCGAGGCUCUAGACCGUAGAGAAAGGGGCUACUACCGACAUAGUGUGGAUUUGAGCUCAAUAGAGCGAGUGGACGAUCUGCUCCUGACGAACAUCGCCGAGAGCGAACGCUGUGAUCAAGCCAUCGAAGACCGGUACUAUAAACACACGUUUUUACGGCGAAAGAACGACACUUCCACCAACGGCAACGACAACACAAUUCGAUCACCGACGCAAAACGAUGAUGUUGUUUGCAAAGUCUGGAUCUACGUCCCACAGGAUUGCUAUUCGGGCAUGGCCUGCCCCCAAAAACCGAUCCUGCAAUCUUACGUCGAUAUUUGCCUGCGAGGCUGCCUGUCGAUUUCCGAAUCGUUUGCGAGGGAAUUCAUAGCAUCGACCUACGGUUGGUAUCCCGGCCACGGCCAUCUGUUAUUGACGGGUCAUUCCGUGGGCGAGAAAUGCUUUGAGUCCAAGCGUUCCGUGGACGAAAGCAACGCUGUCGUUUCGUCUUGCAUAAAACACUGCUGGAUCAAUGAUCGGGAACGACCGAUCUACGUGAGGGCCGACAGGAAUUUUUCGAUUGGCAAUUCAGAACUCUUGGACGCUCUAUUUGAUCCCCAGCUUCUGGAAAGACGUCGGUGAUGAUCGAAAGGGAUACAGGAAUCCGUGGACACCAAGGGAUCGGGCUACAUCGUAGCAGAAGAACGAAACACGUUAAACGUAAAUGCUUCCUUCGUACAACACGGAACCCAGAGUUACUAAAACCAAAAGGAUAUG